UUCACUCAGUACACUUUCCCCAACCCAGCCGCAUACGCAUUUCUCUCCUCUCUCCCCCUCCCGUCACUCUGGUGGCUCCUGAGAUCUGGUUUUCACCGGAGAAUCACCAGCGGCCGCUUCAUCGGCUUCACUCAAAAGAUGGAACAAGGAUGUAAAAAAAGAGAAGCAGAUCAAAUAGUAUAUGCAAGGAAAAGAACCAAGUGUAAUCAACUUCAGCAUGUUGAAGCAUUUCUGAAGCUCACAUCUGAAAUAUCUGAUAAUUGCAAGCAACGUAUACAUAGAAUGGGUUUCAGGGCAUUCCUACAAAUAACUAGCUUGUCCAAUAUAGACUAUGUUUACAUCUGGCUUGCAAAUCAUUUCAACACAACUUCGUGCUCUAUUGAAACACCGAAUGGCUUCAAAUUCCGAAUUACACCUUCAAUUGUUCACAAAUUUUUUGGCAUUCCAAUUGGUGGACAUCCUGUAAUCACAAAACCAUCAGAAGCAACGUAUGAGUUCAUUCAACAACAAUUAGGAACGACAGCACCAACAAUUGAAUACCUUUUCUCAAUUAUGAAUGAUGAUCUCCCUGAAGAAAAAUACUGCAAAAUCUUCAUUCUCAUCCUCCUGUCAUUGUUUGUUGCACCUAAUUCAAGUGGAGUUGCUAGCAAAUUUGUGUACAGUGCAAUAGUUGACAUUGACAGAAUUUCUCAGUAUGAUUGGUGUUUGCUUUGUCUGAGCUACAUGGUUUAUUCAAUUAAGAAAACAAGGCUGAAGAACAUAGUGAACAAAGAAAUCAUUCCUGGUGGAAGCAAGUUACUUAUGCUGAUAUCUUACUUUGAGUUCCUGAUAAUAUCUGAAAUCAAGAUGCCGACUAUAGAACCAAGACUACCAUUAUGGACAGCAAACAUGCUAAAUUCAUAUAUGGCACUUGAUGUUGUGCAUGGGAAAAGAAAUGAGUAUGGCAGACUACCGGAUAAAAUCAUUCUUCAAUUAAAAGCUCAAGAUUUCUAUAGAAAUAUCUUUCGGAACACAACUCCUACCAUGAAAACCUAUGUAGAUGACAUCCAUUCUUCAUUUCUGAAGAACAUGACAACUUCCAGCAGCCAAAAUGUGCAAAUUAAACCAGCACUUUCAGAAAACACAUUCAAAGUUCCUACAUCUAAAGAAUUGUUGGCUAUACAAUCACCUCGCAUUUUCCCAAUGCUAGAUGUUCCAACAAUAAUUGAUGAAGAUAAACAAGUCAACAUACAUGAUAUUCUUGAUUCAUUGGUCAAUGAUUUCCCGCAGUCUGUCAACAUAACAAGUACAAAUCUCACUCUCUCUUUCUGUGGUGGUAAUCUACCAUCUUUUGAACAACUUGCUUGCUCGGAGCUUUUUGUCAAGAGAUCAAUUCCAAAAGUAACACCCACCAUUGAUGCUUCUGCACUGUUACAUCAAUUCUUUUCUGAAACAAAAUCCCCAAAGAGAAGAGUACAAAAAACAAAGUUCUGCUUUCCACUAUUCAGAUUCUUAUUACCAGGAGAGCGCUUGGAAGAUUUUGUUAACCCUGAACUAAAUAAAGGUUGGUUGCCUCCUGAAAUCACAUAUCCAGUUGACGAGUCUCUCAACAAUACGCUGCAUGGCAAUUCAAAUGGAGAAGCUGGUUCAAGCACUUACGGCGAUGCAUUUCUACCAACAAUUAGUGCAGUAAUCUACAACUUCAAGACUUUAUUCACUGCAUCAUAUGGAAAUACUAGUUCUUUCAACAUAGGAAAUUUUGAAUCAAGAUUUGUACCAGCUCCAAAAGUGAAUUUCAGGUACGACUCAGGAAUUUUCCUUCUUCAGUAUCUUAGCAAGUACAAAGGCCACGGAAUGGAAGGUUUCUUCAAUGACGAUUUACAAGCUCUACGGGAGAAAUUCCUUUUUGAGAUCAUAACUUGCAAGGACAAUGAAAUUCAGCUUCCAUUCGUAACUUCUUUCCUACAGAGACAUGGUUUGCGCAUUUUCAAGUGAGACAUUCAACAGGAUUUCUGCAUAUGAACUAAACUUUUACGUAUUCAAUGCCAUUCAUUACUGUCAAGUAUAAUGGAAUUUGCACUUCAAGAUGUUCUCCUCAAUUUGCAUUGAAAAGGGAAAAAAGUGGCGAAAAUGCUUCAUCCUAGGAAAAAAACAUUUGUUUCUAUUUUUCUGUUUGUUUUUUCAUGUUCACCCUAGUGAUACUUUCUGGCAUAUGAACAACAGAAACAGUUCCUGAAGAAGUCGUAAUUGAAAUUCCUUUACCAUACAUUUUUCAGCCUACUUAUAAUUCGUUCCGGAAACAUGUUGACACCAGAAACAGUUUGGCACCA